CGACGACGACCUGUUCCAUCAGUAUCGUCGCAGUGGUGCCGUGUGAGGUGAACGUAACGGAGCGUGGAGUGCGGUCGAUAAGGGAAAAUCGGUAGAAUAUAAGAAAGAAGAGGAAGACGAAGAAGAAGAGGACACCAAGAUGCCCUGUUCCGCGGUGACGCUGUCCCUCGCGACCAUAACCGGUAUCAUCGCCACCGGGCUACUCGCGAUCGCCUUUACCACCGACAACUGGCUCUACACGGAGGUCAAGCGCGCCCAAAUCCAGCAAUAUGCAGCCAAGCAUACCGAGCAGAGCCACUUGGUGGAGCAAAUGAACACGAAGUACUAUUACUACACGAGGACGCAGGGUCUAUUCAGGAUAUGCUAUCCGAAAGAGAGGCCGCCCACUGUUCAGACAUAUCUGAGCCCAGUGGAGACGCACUGCAUGAACGUCAACUACUUCAUCCCUGACGAGGAGAAUCUCACGAGAGGCUUCUCCGACGACGCAAUGACUCGACUUCACAUGGGCAGAUCGGUGAUAGGUCUGUUUAUAGUGGGAUUCGUCGCGAUCUUCACCGCAUUCUGGACGGGAGUGGUGGGCUGCUGGAAGAGGUCGCCCGGAAAUAUCACGGCGACAGCGAUUCUGAUGCUGCUGGCAUGUUUACUGAGCGCCAGCGCGAUGGGACUCUGGCAUGGGGUUGAAUACUACGAGAAAGAGAAGAUCGUAGGAGAAGAGUACUAUCAGCAAUGGACAAACGUCCUGAAGGACAACUCACUAAUCUCGUACGACUGGUCGUACGUGGUCGCUUGGGUCGGCGUCGGUUGGUCGUUGGUCAGCGCGAUCUUGUUUAGCGCUGCGGCGAUUUGCUUGAGGGGCGAGAGAAUGCGCGAGGAGGCGAUGAACAUGCAGUACCUCAUGCCUGUAUAUCCUCAAAAGCAACAGUACGCGUACGCCGGGUAUCCAGCUCCUGCGGCGUAUCCAGGGCCGUACUAUCACGGAUCGCAAUACGGACCGUACAACUACUGAGAGCAGCUGCAGCCCCCACACACAAACACACACACGUCAUCACGCGUCGGACAGAGGAGGACAAUCUCGAAAGAGCCAGUGAACGUGCUCGAAUGAACAAAAACGAAUCUGGUCAACGAUGUUUCCCAGGGGAACGAUAAACAAAAUGAGAAAAAAAACAACCACUAAGCUAUCGAAAUCGAUCCAAACCAUACCCGCGCGAACGGAGAAAACGAAAUGGAACAGUGACGACCUUGGGGUCCCGCCUUAGACAUAAUUUAACAUGUAUCUUAGAUCUAGUUACUUUACGGACAUUCUGGUGCGCACCCUGGUGGACCCCACUGUCGUCGACGCCGAUUUCACGUUCGACGGGAAUUUCGUUUGGCACGUGAACCGCUACGAACCGGCGUUCAGUUCGACUCGCGAGAGAGACAGUUGCUCAAAAAAGCCCCAGGGCGUAAUUACCUAGAAUUGAGAUGAUCUUGUACAGAGGGUACCCUGUAAUUUGUGGUGUAAAGCCUU